UCUAUUAGGUGUUAACUUUAACACACUUGUAACUAGUUUAACCGUACUGUGUAAUUAGAUAAGUGACAUCCAUGAAUAUCGUUCCCGGUUAAUUUCAGUUAAAUAAAAUAUAUCUAUAAAGUUCUUACUAUAAUCUGUGAAUGGUGAAAAACUAAUUGGUAUUAUUCAGUAACAUUUUAUACUUAUCCAUUGACGAUAAUAGUUUUAAAAUCUUAUAGAUACUAACUUAAUGUGUAAUUCACAAAUUGCAAACGGUUUAAUUUAUGCAAAACGGACACAACAAUACACUUACUGUAUCUUUCUGGUUGCCUCUAAGACAUCACGUACACAUUUUAUAAUGUUGUUUAAUGAUAGAAUUCUUAUCUCCACAAUAUUUACGACCAUCAUCUCCUUUUUACCGAUCGAAACUAGUUUGGAAAUAACCGACAACUCACAUAGAAGUCGAAGGCAGCUAUUGUUCCCGAACUCUACACUACUGCAAUGCAACUUUGGCAUGGCAAUUCCAACUCCUGACAAGGGCAUAAUUGUUAAUUGGGCUAUCCAGACAAACUUUCAGCUGCCGUGGAACAGGUCCCAGAUCCCAGUGGACAUAUUUGAAGCCAACUCAGGUUAUGUUGGCACAGCAAGAAAAAAACGCGAUCUGGACUUACAGUACAGGAAUAAUGCUAAACUGUAUCACUUUUAUAAGCCAUCGAAGAUAUUGUUACUGGAUUUGGACAUAAUGGCCAAGGAUGUGUGCUUCGCACCCUGUGCCAGCUUGGAGCCGAACCACUCCAUACAACGGGUGAGGACGAUCUUCUUCACGAAAUAGCCACAUAUGUACUCAAUCCUCUUAACGACAUUGAAGAUGGUGUGAGCGAAGAGUCAAUGCCCUAUAUAGAAGCGCUUCAACACGGUCGACAACACAAGAAUUGUAUUAAAAUUUACGACAAUUGUUCAUUAUCACUAAUAGAUUUGUUUACUAUGUUACAUUAGUGCUAUUAAUUAAACAUUUAUAUAGAAUUAAAUAUAUGUUCAGUUC